AUGGCCGCUUCUAAGCCCGCUUACAAGGUUGCUGAUAUCAACCUCGCCGAUUUCGGACGCAAGGAAAUCACCCUUGCCGAGAAUGAGAUGCCAGGAUUGAUGGCAAUGCGCAAGAAGUACGGUCCAUCCCAGCCACUCAAGGGAGCCAGAAUUGCCGGAUGCUUGCACAUGACCAUCCAGACCGCCGUUCUCAUUGAGACCUUGACCGCUCUCGGAGCCCAGGUCCAAUGGUCGUCGUGCAACAUCUUCUCUACUCAGGAUCACGCCGCCGCCGCCAUCGCCAAGACCGGAGUUCCAGUCUACGCCUGGAAGGGAGAGACCGAUGAGGAGUACGAAUGGUGCAUUGAGCAGACCAUCGUCUUCCCAGAUGGACAGCCACUCAACAUGAUCCUCGAUGACGGAGGUGAUUUGACCAACAUCGUCCACGCCAAAUACCAACAGUACAUCCCGGGAAUCCGCGGACUCUCCGAGGAGACCACCACCGGUGUCCACAACUUGGCCAAGAUGCUCCAGAAGGGAGAGCUCAAGAUCCCGGCAAUCAACGUCAACGACUCGGUCACCAAGUCGAAGUUCGACAACCUCUACGGAAUCCGCGAGUCGCUUCCUGAUGGAAUCAAACGCGCCACCGAUGUGAUGCUCGCCGGAAAGGUCGCCGUCGUCGCUGGAUACGGAGACGUCGGAAAGGGAUCGGCUGCUUCAUUGAAGGCCUUCGGAUCUCGCGUCAUCGUCACCGAGAUCGAUCCAAUCAACGCCCUCCAGGCGGCCAUGGAAGGAUACGAGGUCACCACCCUUGAGGAAGCUGCUCCAAAGGCCAACAUCAUCGUCACCACCACCGGAUGCAAGGACAUCGUCACCGGAAAGCACUUCGAGCUUCUCCCAGACGACUCGAUUGUUUGCAAUGUCGGACAUUUCGAUUGCGAAAUUGACGUCAAGUGGCUCAAUGCCAACGCUGCCCACAAGGACACCAUCAAGCCACAGGUUGACCGUUACACUUUGAAGAACGGACGUCACGUCAUUCUUCUCGCUGAGGGAAGACUUGUGAACCUUGGAUGCGCCACCGGACAUCCAUCGUUCGUCAUGUCGAACUCGUUCACCAACCAGGUUCUCGCCCAGAUUGAGCUCUGGACCAAGCACGGAACCCCACAAGAGUACAAGCUCGGACUCUACGUUCUUCCAAAGUCGCUCGACGAGGAGGUCGCUUCGCUCCACUUGGAGAAGCUUGGAGUCAAGCUCACCAAGCUCAGCGAGGAUCAGGCCAACUAUUUGGGAGUUCCAGUCAACGGACCAUACAAACCGGACCACUACAGAUAUUAA